GACGUAUGAAAUAGGCGACGGGACGUAUGAUGGAGGGAGGAGGAGUCGUUAAAGACACACACGCUGAUUGCUUGGGUUAUUCAUAUUGCGUGAACGCUGCGUUUGUCUGCUCGUGAUUUUGUAUUGCAUGAUGGCAGGAUUUUGCUUUCUUUAUGGGUCAUAAUGCAGCAUAAGAAUGUGACAAGACAUCAAAGAACAGUAACCGUGAAACGGAGAGGACUUCCCUUACUUUGUAGGAAGCUGUUGAGGCAGAAUGGAUUUUGGAGCUGCGUCUGUUUUUCAAACUUCAAUAAAGGAAGCAAGAGCCGCUUUCUGCUUAAAAAGAAAUGGCAAGGCGCACAAUAUAAAUGUUCAAAGAGUGUGUUGAACAGAAAUUCCAUAUCUAAAGCAAACCCAAAUAAAUCCAUUACACUGAUAUCAGCAGGAAUUUUCCUUGAAGAGUUAGAAAAUGUCAGUACUUUACCUGAGGAACCUUUAACAUCAAACUCACAAGCAGAAGUGUGUGCUGAGAAAGAAACUGACAAAGAGUUGCCUGUAUUUCCUAAUCCUCAGACUGAGCGUUCAGCUGGUGAUGCACAUUUUCAAAUGCAGAUCGAUAUUCCUAGUGAAGACACUUCUGCUCUUUUAUCUGUCCAGAAAUGCAAAUCCCUAAGGAAUGGGAGAAGCAUUCACAGCAACAACAAAGCAGCCAAGGUAACUAAAAGCAGUUAUAAGAAAGAACUUUUAAAGAAGCAGCCACAUACUGUCAAGAAGCUUAAGAAGCAUUUGAGAUCAGCUCUCAAAGACAAAAACGUUCCUUUGUUGAUGCGGAUUACGGAGUCCUCUCUCUUCAAAUUUGCACAUCGAUGUAGAUUCAAGAACUUGCCAAUAAAAAGGCACAGAAAAGCAGAACGAGCUAAAUACUUGUCAAGGAUUUCCACUCUGAGACAAAAAAAGCUAAGAGGGAUAGCGUUGAACUUCUUAUCUCAGUGCAAUACAGAUUCAGAAGACAUAGUGGAAGAAAUAAACAGCUACCGGCUGCUAAAAUUAAGAAAGUACAAGAAGCCUACUUUGAAUAAAACUAGGAAACAUGGGUUAACUCAUUCAGAUCUAGAAGAAAUGAGUUCACAGGACACUGCAGUCCCUGUAGAGAUUGCAUUGGUGGAAACAGCUGAAAAUGAUCCAAAUUUUGAGCCUGUGGAUCAACUGUGCAACGCUGCUAAUAAAAUGAGUGGUGAAUGCAAACAGACUUUUGUGAAAAAAGCAGUUUCACCCAAAAGUGGAAAACUAAAAGAUGAUCCAGGGCAACUAGCUACUGACCAGAUAGAACAUACCUUAGUUAAUGGCACAGGUUACACAGAGAGUAGUAAAAGCACUGACAAGGAGGUAGGGCUUCCUGUUUCAUUCUCUAACCCUUUCCAGACACCGUUACGGGAUCAUGUGUAUUGUAAGAGUCGUGGGUCUAUAGCAGGAGAGCUUACUGAUGAAUCUGAUGGAAGUGAGAGUAUGACAAAAGCACAGCUACUGACCUCGGCGACUGGAGACGAAGAAAUUACUGAACUUAUUCAUGAUUAUCUGGAGGAGUUUUAUGGGAAGUAUGGCAGUUUCAUUCCUCUUAGCGAAAAUGAUGUGCUGGAAAAUCUACAACAGGUUUUAAAUCACGAUGUUUCUGAAAGUAAACCUUUCAUAUUCAUGGAAAUCAUGAAGUAUCAGGCUGCACUUGCGAAUGCUCCAAUGUUCAAUUUCAAAGUGUCCUAUAACAAGCAUACCUUGACUUUGGAGGAUCUAUCUACUUUGGAUGGUCAGAACUGGCUGAAUGAUCAGGUUAUAAACAUGUAUGGUGAGUUGGUUAUGGAUGCAGUACCUCAUAAGGUUCACUUCUUUAACAGUUUCUUUCAUAAACAACUUGUAACCAGAGGAUAUGAAGGAGUGAAAAGGUGGACCAAAAAGGUAGACCUGUUCAGUAAAUCCCUUUUGUUAAUUCCUAUCCACCUGGAGAUCCAUUGGUCUCUGAUCACUGUGGAUAUGCCUAACCAGCACAUUCAGUUCUACGACUCUCAGGGAAUUCAUUUCAGAUACCCUGUUGAGAACAUCUUGAGAUACUUGCUGACUGAAGCUAAAGAGAAGGGCAAGCCAAUUUUCCAGAAAGGUUGGAAAAUGAUCGUGAGCAAGUGCAUUCCACAACAGAACAAUGACAGUGACUGUGGCGUGUUUGUUUUACAGUACUGCAAGUGCCUGGCCUUAGGAAAACCUUUUCAGUUUUCCCAAGAGGACAUGCCCAAAGUACGGAAAAGGAUAUACAAGGAGCUUUGUGAAUGCAGACUCUUGGAAUGAGAGGGAACUAUCUGUGGCAUUGCUUCCUUCACGUUUUAGUUUUGUUUUCUCUAUGCCACAGAUGAGUGUGUCUGCAUUAGUGGGGAGUGAAUGUGAUACAUGAUUGCAGACCAAAUACAUUAUGGAAAAGAUGGUUAAUUAUAUGAAAUUCAACUAAAACAGUGUGAAAUUUAACAGUAACAGGUUACUUUAUUAUGGAAGCAAGGAUACUUGCAUGCUCACUCAACACCCCAGUGUACAGAUAAUACAUUUAGCAGGAGAACCAUAGGGAGGGGGAGAGGACUUCUUUGUUACUGGUAGAUGAAUUACUUUAGGCCCUCGUAUGCAGUAUUGGUUCUAGAACCCCUCCAGCUAGGCCGUACAUCUACAAAAAGGUAGUACUGUUUAUAGGAGAAGGUCUGCUAAGGUGAAAACAUACUGUUACCUCAAGUUAAAGUUUCUAAUUUGUUUACAAUCAAUUGCAAAUAAUUACCUGAUCAAUAGUGUGCCUGUACUUAGAAGGCAUGUAAAUGUGGCAGUGAGUCGAGAUAGACUUUUUUGUUAACAACAAUGUAAGUUAAAUGUAGUUGUGUAGUUGCACUAUAAAUACUGAUUGAUUCUUGGGGGGGGCGUGGGUUAAGUCAAUGGGAGGUUGCCUCUGUGGACCAUGUGUAUUUUUGGGACAAAUGCUUGUAUUUUUUGUUUUAAUAAUAUAUACAUGCUGCCAGGUUUUCUGCUCCCCCACCCCCAUUAAAUUAAAAAUAUUCUCUGACAUACAAUAUAUGCAUUUCAAUAGUUGUUCACUUAUUCGUUCCAUGUUCCCUGGAAAUGCAUGAUUAUUGAAAGCUCAUUCAUUUUGGUGCAUGCUUUGGUCUCACUGAGACUAUACGAUCAACCGUGAGCUAAAUACCUCAAACUAGCAAGUUUUUAUAAUAAAACUGAUUCUUGUUACUUCUGAUAAUGAGGCAAUUUGUCAAUUUUAGUGAACUUUUGACUUCUUAAAAUUGUCAAUUUAACA